AGAAAAGAAAGGAAAAAAAAGAAAAAGUUGUGUAUCUUUUGUCUUUUUUAUAUCUUUUUUUGAUUAGUAUUGUAUUCUACAAGUAGUGGGGGUUGUUAAAGGCGUGUGGAACUUGAUCUAUAUUCUUUUUGUAAGUUGAAAAAAAGUGCUUAAAAGAUAAUAACUUCAAAAAUUUUGGGAACUUGGAAGCUUUUGGUGAGGUGGGUCUUGAUCUAUAUUACUAAACAAUUUCUGGGUAAGGUUUGAAAUCUGAAUUUGGGAUUAUAGGUAGGUGAGUUGUAUUGACAACUGGACAUUUUGCUGUAAAUUGGAGCUCAUUUUGAGUUGGUUUUUUUGUGUGGCUGUGUGAAGGAGGGUGAGAUGGGUUCGUUCGAAAGGCUUGCAACGAGGGUUGUGGAGACUCAGAUGCCGGUCAUGGUUAAGGUACAGGAACUGCAGCGAAGCUACACAAAUGCUGUGUCUUUGGCCCAGGGGGUAGUUUAUUGGCUACCACCCCAACAGGCAUUGGAUAGGGUCAAAGAACUUGUAUUCGAGCCUCCAAUUAGUCGUUAUGGUGCUGAUGAAGGUAUCCCUGAACUCAGGGAGGCAUUGAUAAGAAAGAUGCGUCUAGAAAAUAAACUGAACAAAUCUUCAGUGAUGGUUACUGCAGGUGCAAAUCAGGCAUUUGUAAAUCUUGUUCUUACAUUGUGUGAUGCUGGGGAUUCUGUUGUUAUGUUUGCGCCAUACUACUUCAAUGCUUACAUGUCCUUCCAAAUGACUGGCAUCACUAAUAUACUGGUGGGACCUGGUGACCCUAAGACACUAUAUCCAGAUGCAGAUUGGUUAGAGAGAACAUUGUUGGAAACUAAUCCAGCCCCAAAGCUUGUUACUGUUGUCAAUCCUGGCAACCCAACUGGGACUUAUAUUCCCGAGCCUCUUCUUAAGAGGAUUUCAGAUCUCUGCAGAGAUGCUGGAGCUUGGCUUCUUGUAGAUAACACAUAUGAGUACUUCAUGUAUGAUGGUCUAAAACACUCAUGCCUGGAGGGAAAUCACAUAGUCAACAUUUUUUCCUUCUCGAAAGCAUAUGGGAUGAUGGGAUGGCGUGUUGGAUAUAUAGCAUACCCUACAGAAGUAGAGGGCUUGGCUGAUCAACUCCUCAAAGUUCAAGACAACAUUCCCAUCUGUGCUUCAAUAAUUUCUCAACGUUUAGCCCUUUACUCCUUGGAAUUGGGACCUGAGUGGGUCACUGAGCGAGUAAAAGAUCUUGUCAAGAACAGAGAAAUAGUUUUAGAAGCACUCUCACCCCUUGGAGAAGAUGGCGUGAGAGGAGGAGAAGGUGCAAUAUACCUAUGGGCAAAGCUUCCAGGUCAAUAUGUUGAUGACUUCGAAGUUGUUAAAUGGCUUGCUCGUGAGCAUGGAGUGCUUGUGAUCCCGGGAAGCUCAUGUGGCUGUCCAGGGAACCUUAGGAUUUCCUUUGGAGGCUUGAUCGAGAGUGAAUGUAGAGCUGCUGCAGAAAGACUGAGGAGAGGGUUAGAAGAAUUGGUCAGAGAUGGCAUGGUGGAUAACUAAAAUUUUUAAGGUUAAUUCAAAACAUCAAAAUUGGAAGUACAUUUUGCAUUUGAAUAAUUGGACGCUUCAUGAAAUUAGAGCAUUAAUUCCAAUGUGUAUAUUCAGAAAGGUAUUUCCAAAUACAUUCAUGUAAUUUCAUAUACGUGCCAAAUGUUUCUUAGCUUGAUACUGAUAACAUCAUGGUAACAUAUUCGAUUUCUUUCUCUUUUUUA